AUGGAUGAUCAUCAAUUUGCGUGGAUACUUUGGUACAUAUGGAAAGCAAGGAAUAGUAAGGUAUUUAGUGAUCGUGAUAUUGAUCCUCGUGAUACUCUUAGGAAGGCCGAGACAGAAUCUGUUCUGUGGGCUGAUGCACAGGUGAUUCCUGAGUCACAUGACGCACACCAGAGAGAUAUGGCUCCCAUACCGGUGAGACCGGGCAGAUGGUGCUUCUCCGAUGGCUCAUGGAAGGCAAACAAUAUUUUCUCGGGACAAGGAUGGUAUAGUACCUUACCAGGAUUUGAUGGUUUAAUGGGUGCAAGAAACACCAGAGCUAGUCUUUCACCUCUCCAUGCAGAGUUUGAAUCACUAAUCUGGGCAAUGGAAUAUAUAAAGACCCUUAGUACUGGAUUUCAGAGCUCGGAGAUCAUCUAUGUACCAAGAACGCAGAAUACACAGGCGGACAAACUAGCACGUAGUGCAAGAAUUCAACCGUCGUUCGUCGUUCACAUGGAUGCAGAGCUACCCUCUUGGUUAACAGAGUCUAUAUGA